AUGGACAAUGGAUCUCCUGGGGUCAUCCCUCGCUGCGGUCAGCGCCGCUCGGGGUGGAGCGGCAGGAAAGGCCUGUGCGGGGUUUUGCGGAGGUGUUUGUCUCGGCGUUGCCCAGCGUUCGGGGAGCAAAGGCGAAAACGCCUCAACCUUUACUGGACGGACUGGAAUCGUGAAGCUCCCAAAAUCGAAACUUCCACUGUCAACGGAGACAACAGGAGGGUUCUGGUGCACACAGACAUUGGUUUGCCCAAUGGCCUGACUUUUGACCCCUUCUCCAAGCUGCUGUGCUGGGCAGAUGCAGGCACCAAGCACCUGGAGUGCACAUUCCCGGACGGCAGCGGCCGGCGCGUCAUCCAGAGCAACCUCAACUACCCCUUCAGCAUCGUCAGCUACGCCAACCACUUCUACCACACGGACUGGAGACGGGAUGGGGUGAUAGCUGUAAAUAAAGAAACAGGCUCCUUCACUGAUGAGUAUCUUCCAGAGCAGCGAUCCCACCUCUAUGGAAUCACAGCAGUGUAUCCCUACUGCCCUGGAGCCAGGAAAUAGGAACUCCAUUUUCAAGGAAACAACCGUCUUUGCACCCAGAGGAGUUUCAGACCCAGAGAACUGUCGCUGCAUACAAGGGGGGAAAAGUCCCUCACCGAGGCCAAUGAAGUGCCCUGCUUUCCUGCAAAAGAUUUUCAAGUAUUUUUUUGUAGUUAUACCUCAAGACUUUACUACUGUAUUUUUUUACCAAGUGGAAAAUGUUGAGAUA